UCAUUUAGUUUUUUUUUCAGGUAUACAUUUCAAGUUAGUACUCCUCAAAUGGCUGUGCUUCUGCAAUUCAAUUCAGCUGAUUCAUGGACUUUAGGCCAAUUAAGAGAAAAUACGCAAAUUGAACAAUAAUUUCUUGUUCAAGUAAUCCAAAUGCUACUAGAAGCCAAACUACUGACUUGUGAAGACAAAACGAACGAUAUCACGCCAAUUUCAAUGGUAUCACUAAAUUUAGGAUAUAAAAAGUAAAUUUGUUAGUGCUUUUAUUAUUAAGUAGUUGCUAAAAGAUCUUUUUCUUUGUAACAAAAAACGUCGGGUAAACAUAAACUUACCAACGAAAACUGAACCAAAAAUGGAACAAGAAACCAUCGAUAAGGAUAUAGAAGGAAAUCGUAAAUUCUUAAUUCAAGCCGCAAUUGUUAGGAUUAUCAAGACCAGAAAAGUUUGCCAACACCAGCAACUGGUGGCAGAAGUGAUGGAUAAAUUAUUCUCAAAAUUUAAACCAAGGGUGGAAACUAUAAAGAAAUGUAUCGACAUUCUCAUCGACAAGGAGUACCUAGAGCGGAACAAUGGUCAAAAUGACGAAUAUAAAUACGUGGAUUGAUAUGACCAAAGAAUUAUGACUGAAUAAAUCCAUCCUCGCAUUUUGCGCCUUAUGUGUGAUUACUUUAUGUUUCUAUCAAUAAUGAGAGUACGUAGUCCUUGUGAUAAUCAUUCAGAAUUAUUAUAUUUGAUUAUUUUAUAUGUAG